AUGGAAGAAAUGGAGAUGACUGCCCUUUCCCUUGGCACUGGAACUACUGCUGAGCACUCCAAAUCCAUCAGAGGCAGCGGAUGCAAACCGAAACCACCAGUGCGGUUCCAUGACAAGUUGUCGGAUCAGUUGAAAGUAGAGACAGAUCAUGAGGGCAAUGACAACAGUAGCGGUCAUGCAAGGAAGAAGCUGCGGCUUAGCGAAGAUCAGUUAACAGUGCUCGAAACCGUCUAUGAGGAGCAAACCAAUCUUGAUCCAGCUCAGAAGCAAGGGCUGGCAGAGAAGCUGGAUUUAAAACCGCGCCAAGUAGAAGUCUGGUUUCAGAACAGAAGGGCCCGGAGCAAGCAGAAGAAGAUGACGGAAGAUUGCGAGAACCUGAAGAAGAGGGCCGAAGUGCUGAUCAAGGAGAACAAGAAACUGAAGAGGAAGCUGCUAGAACUGACGAGUGUUUCCCAGCCUGACCUGAAAUUGCCUGACAGCACUCACAGUGGUUCAAGUCUAGUUCCCAUGUGCUCAUCUUGCAACAAGAGGAUGCGCCGCUUCCCACACUUCGUCUACAACGUCGGGUUUCUCCAGAGGGUGUGCCGCCUCCUGUACUUUGCCUAUAGUGUUAGAUUUCUAGAGAAGGUGCGCCACUGCCCGCACAUCGCCUCCACCACCAACUACUAUGGAGGUUGCCUCUGUCGCGCUAUCUUUACACCAAGCCUCCCCCUCCCUGGCCACCUCCUCUCCGACGCGCUGACCUCCUCCUCCCCAGCCACCUCCUCCCCAGCCAUCUCCUCCCCGCUCAGUGAGUUUUCCUCUUCUGCGAUGAUGCUCUGUGGUGAUGCUCUUUACAAUGAUGCUCUGUGA